CUGAUAUUUGACCCGCUAACAUAUUAUCUCUUAGUAUUCAAAAACCACUUAUAUCAUGGGACAUAGAAAUUCAUAAAUAACAACCAAUUGAUUUGAAUUAGUGCAGUUGAGGUGAUAGACUACCACCCAUUGGACAUCACCAAAUACCUGGAAUGGCACCGAACUAAUUAAAAGCUAGCUCAAAGAAAUUAGCUGGUUUAUAUUUGCUUGUGUGGAGAUAUUGGAUAUUGAAAUCGACUAAAAAUAUUCGCGUCUUGUCUGACACUGUUGGCUACUGUAAAUGGAGAACCCCUUCGCAGAUCCAGUGGCGAAGUUGGCACCGACUAACUCUCAUGAUAACCCUCCGAUUUCUCGAGUUGAUACGGAUGUCCUAGAUAAAUAUAACCCAUUUGAGGCCAGUGGGGACACUAAGCAGGGUAGUCAUACCGCUAAUUCUGUGCCACCAUAUCCAUACACUGCCACUCAGGCUCAAAAAAUUACAACCGCAGAGCUCGAACGUCGUCAGAGAGAGCUGGAUGCAAAGGCUGCAGAACUAGCACGAAAAGAAGAAGAACAACGAACAAGAGAGGAACAAAACCGAUCAGCGUCCCAAGGUAUUGCAGCCAAGAAUUGGCCUCCGCUACCAUCCUUCUUUCCUUGUAAUCCUUGCUUUUAUCAAAACAUUGAAACAGAAAUAGUACCAGAGUACAAAAAUGUAGUCAAGUUUGGAUAUUAUUUAUGGAUGUCAUACGCUUGUUUGUUGUUUGUGAACUUGUUCACAGCAAUGAUAUACUUUGCCGGUACUUCUCAAUACUAUGGAGGAAGUUUAUUUGGUGUUGCUAUUCUCGUAUUCAUAGUUUGUAUACCAUCGUCGUAUGUGUGUUGGUUCAGACCAUUAUACAAAGCUUUUAGGAGUAACAGCUCAAUCAAUUUCUUCAUAUUUUUCAUCGUUUUUGGUAUUCAAGUUUUAGUUAUGAUCAUACAAUCAAUCGGUAUCUUAAAUUGGGGCUCUUGUGGAUGGAUUACCGGUUUGGCAGUAGUCAAAUCUAGUCCGGUAAUUGGAGUUAUAACAUUGUUGGUAGCAUGCUUGUUUACCGCUGUCACAGGAGUAUCGGCUUGGUAUCUAAUGCACGUACAUCGCAUCUAUCGUAAUACAGGUGCUAGUUUUGGUAAAGCUAAAGAAGAAUUUGCUCAUGGUGUAGUAUCAGAUCCUUUAAUAAGAAAUAAAGCAAUGGAAGCUGGGCUGUUUGCAGCACGUCAAGCUACUGCAGGUGGUGGUGGUCCAUCAACAACUAACUGACAAUAGAUCUUAAAUAAAUAUAAUAUGAAUAAAAAAAUUUCAUUUUUCUCAUGAAUGAAAAUUUGUUUUUAUUCGCUUGCUUGCUUAUUUAUAUUACCUUAACAAUGAUUGUUUUCUGUCACAAUACUCUCUUUCUACGGUGUCAUUGUCGUUAAUCAUUGUGAGCAUUUGUUGAUUUGUAUGUUGUGUUGUAUUGUGUUGUAUUGUAUUGUUUGAUGAUAGAAUAGAUAGAUAGAUGGUAUUAAUAAUGUAUUUCUCAACUUGAACACUUACACAUUGAACAACAUUCAAUUCUUUUCAAAAUAUGCUAAAUACACUACUCAUUCUAUGCUUGUUGCUAGGAUAUUCAUUCAAAUAUCCAAAGAGAAUUAAUUAUUGGUUGAUUCCGAUUGGUCAAUUUUAUGGUCGUACUAGAUAUAUCAAUGUCAUCAUAUACACCAAUUGCUAUGAUAAAUAUUUCUUUACCACAUUGAACAGUCAUUCAUUCAAAAGUUUUUUUGACUUUUAAUUCUCUCUCUCUCUCUCUAUAUAUAUAUAUAUAUAUAUAUAUUAUUUUUUAAUUUAUAUUAUUUAUUCCAUGGAAUAUUUUUGUAAUAUGUUUGUUGUGUUGUAAUUUCCACAAACAUCUUUAGAUACUAACCUGGUUAGUAAUUGAAUUUUUAAAUCGUGGAAAAAAGCUUACCAGUUGUUGGUAAACGUAACUUUAAAUGAGAGAAAAAUUUCUUGAACCAGUAUCAAAAUAUAGUUAAGACAUAAUUAUAAGCGUCAUUUUAUCAUAAAGUGAUGUUAGUAUGAAUGUUUUUGGGGUAGCCAAGAAGUUAAAGAAGAUUAAGCUGCAACCUUUUUCUUUUGAAACUACUCCAAAACUCAUUCCUUUAAAUGGGA